UUAUUAUUCUGACCUAAAUCGUAACUAUUUAUUGUAAAAGUAUUUUGGUUUCAUUACCACAGAUGACAUUUUUAUCCUGUGGUAAUGAAACCAAAAUAAAGGAAAUAGGUUUGAGUUUUGAUUGAUUUGGGCAAGGAUUUGAAAUUAAGCAUUGCAAUUUGAAUUUGCAAAGCUUGACAAUAUUUACAAUACUUUCAACCGCAAGUUCGCAAGCACCAUUUUGUAUUCAUCGUGAUGCCACCUAAAUCAUCAGAAAAAGGCAAAUCCAAAAGUGCCGCUGGAGGAAAAUCAGCUGGUGAAGCGAAAGAAUCGGCAGCAAAGGAGAAAAAAGGCGGGACAGCUGUCAAAGUUAGACACAUAUUAUGCGAAAAACAAUCCAAAUGUUUAGAGGCCUUGGAAAAGUUGAAGGCAGGUCAGAAAUUUCCUGAUGUAGCUGCUGCUUACAGUGAAGACAAGGCAAGACAAGGCGGGGACCUUGGUUGGAUGACACGCGGUUCCAUGGUUGGCCCCUUCCAGGAUGCUGCGUUUGCCUUGCCUAUAUCAUCGGUUACAAGCCCAAAAUACACAGAUCCUCCUAUUAAAACAAAGUUUGGUUACCAUAUUAUAAUGGUUGAAGGGAAAAAAUGAAGGAAAUGUUUGAAUUUGAAUACUUCUGGGCGAUACUUUUGUUGUUUAUUAUGGAAAGAAUUUGCUGCUUGCAAGAGCAAUUUGAUAAGGACUUUACUGAUCUACCUAAUCCUCAAAGAUCAAAUCAGUCAUUUGAUAGUAACAUCUAUGAGGUAGCUAAUGCAGAGUAAGUUUGCAUUAUACUUUCAAUCAAUGAUUUAAAACAUUGUUAUGCCUAUUGUUAUAUUUAACAUCAAUUGGUAUAAGUUUCUUACUACAUGCUUUUAUUUUCUAAAUAUGUCAGUCAGUUAUGACAAUUGUGCUCUCACUGUACAUAUUUUGCAGUUUAUAUAACAUUUUGUUUCUACAUCUAAAUGAUUUUUGCUCAUUUCUAUGUAGAAACAAAACUGUAAUACAUAGUAGUAGUAGUAGUAAGUAGUGGGUUUAUUUUAAGAAAAUGGAAUACAAUUGCUGUGUGAAGUGGAAUGAAAGCAAGCUUCACAUAUUUCAGGGUGUUCAAAAUGAAUCUUUUGGCCGCUUCUUAACCCUUUCAUAAUGUUAUUUGCUACCAAUACAUAAUUUGGUUGUCUGCUGCCCAGCUCACUCCUGUAGGUUAUGUAUAGUUCAGAGUGACCAAAUAGAAUAAAAAUUACUGUACUUAAUUUACCUUUCAGAAUUUAUUUAUUUUUUACCACAAAACACAGCUUAUAUUACAUGAACAGAAUUUAAAUUUUUGACACUAGACAAUUUUG